GCGGUGAAGGCUGCUCUUUAUCCUGCAUUGCCAAGUGAAACUUGUCAUUUUAGAAACGUAUACCGAAAAUUGGCGCAUCUCCUGUGCUUCUCUAGGGUGUAUAAGGAAACUGGGCCGGUCACUGUCAGGAUUGUCCUGUCGGUAGGUCGGGAGGAGAAGAAAUGGGAGAGAAAUUUACCCUCCCAAAGAUUUUCCUACCAAAGUGCUUUUCGAACUGCCUCUUAGGUGGUGGUUUUUCUUUUUCUGGAACCAAGUAAAAACUGCAGGUAAAAAUCAGGAGGAAGGUCUCUCAAGACUUCUGGCCAGGCAGCCUUUUUAACGUUUUCGGAACGGGAACUGGUAGGAACGAAAGACUGGAAUUUGAGAAGAAAAGGUUUUGGUGUGGAUUGGUGAUGAGUGCUUUACUUUUCAAUGAUGUUUUAAUAAUAAUGCUUUAUUUUUUAAUGGUAUUUUUGAAAAUGGCUACUAAAAUGUUCUUUUGAAAGCCUUGCUCUUUCACACCCUCCCCCAGAAGCCUUUAAAACGUCUGAUUGGAAACAUUUGUAGAGAGACGGAUUUGGUAGCACAUUGAUACAUAAAAUUUCUAAAAUACGUAAAACCAAAAUGAAGAAGAUAAACUUUCCCCAUUCAAGUAAUCAUUGUGAAUAUGGUUACACUGAGGAUAACACCUCCAGUCUUCUAUGCAGAGAUGAAUGCAUGAAUUUUUCUAAAGAGGAUUUUCUUUGGUAACCAUUUUUUUUCUGACUAGAUAGCAUGCCAUUAUAUGGCUGCAGUAAUUUAUUUAGUUGAUUAUUCCCAGUUUUUCACUACUUAAACACAUUGUUGGAGAAAUGUAAAAUCUGCACACCCAUCAUUAUUUCCUUAGUAUACAUUCCUAAAUGAUAAAAUUGUUGGGUUUUUUUAUGUGAAUUGCUCAAUUUCCCUCUGGAAAGGAUAUGCUGUUUUGCACUCCCACCAACAAUCUGUGAGGGUCCUUUUCCACACCCUAGCAAAAGGCAACAUUUAAAGGAUUUCUGUAGGAACAUUUUGGGGCCAUUUAUGUUCUCCAACCAUAUACAGGUAUCCUUCUGUAGCUGUCGCUUUUUUUUCUUAUAAUUUGAUGGCAGUUCGGUUUCUCAUCUUCUAGUUUACCUUAGUAAAGAAGGGUUAUCUAGGUGAAGCAAAGACAUUAUAAAGUGAAGAGAUUUGUUUCAAGUCAAGACUUCCUUGAAUUCUGGUAUAUUUGAUUACCCUGUACAACUCACUUAGCUUUUCUAAGGGACUGUUUCCUCAACUCUGAGUUAGAGAUUAUAGUGCAUUUGCCUUACCUUUCUUACAGGAUGGUGGUAAGGGUCAAAUGAAACAUUUAUGGAUAGUACAUUUAAACAGACUUUGUCUCAUUGCUAAUUAUUGCCAUCUUGUAAAAAUUUCAGACUAGAAAAGCAUCUUGAUUUUUUAUGUAAAUUUGUGAAUUAAAAAAACUCUUCUUUGAUACCCUUUACCUUCACUCUUUCGCUCCUUAAAUUUGAAGUUUUAUACUGCUGCCCUAGAUUAUAUUCAAAAUGAUAUCAGAGUUACGAAAUUAGGUGAAUGAAUGGAUCUACAAAUGUUCAAGGAAAAAAUAUUUAAAAGCACUAUCUAUAUAUAAAGCUGUGGAGACAGAUAAAAAGCUAAAUAAAACACAGUCCUUGGGAUCAUGAUAAAUAAAACAUAGUCUUUGUGCCCUACAGGCUACAGAAUGUCCAGGCAGCUAGAGGGCAUAAAAGCUGCUUUCCAAAUUUAGAUGACAAUUUUAGCUGUGAUGCAGGAUGUCAACUAUUCUCAAGUGCGCUAAAGUCCAAUUCUGCUGACUGAGCAUCUGUGCAAAUGACCAGGCAGUCUCUUCGGAGUCAUCUUGUUGAAGUGUAAAAAGUGAUAGUGGUUCACGGGUCAAAGGAUGAAACGGUCACGCUCUAGAUCCCCCAGGUGGAAACACAGAUCAUUGUCACCAGUACCUAGAAAUACUGAACACUACAAGCAAAGACAUGAGCGUUAUGGCUAUGAAUAUAGGAAGGAUCCAAAAAGACCCAUCACUUGGAGAAUGGACAAUGAGAAACAUGGACAGAGUAAACCAAGAAUUCCUUCUCGUGAAAAUAUACAUUACCGAUCUUAUGAACAUAGAUCACCUUCCCCAAACAUAAGAAGAAACUCUUUAGAAAAUUUUUAUACUUAUAGGCCUCACCAAGUAUAUUUACCAGGAAGAGGGGAUAACAACAGAAGAUCUCAGUAUAUGUCCAAGUACUCAGAAGGUGUACUCUACAGUGAGCACCAGAGGAAUUGUUAUCCCCAGAAAGUACAAGGAAGGUAUAUUCCUGAUGACCACAGAGUUAGAGGAGAUGGAAAAGGAGGGAAACCAUCUCCAAGGUCAAUAGCAGAUUCUUUUAGAUUUGAAGAACAGUGGCAUGAAGACGAAUUGAGGCACCAGAGGAUACAAGAUGAAAAAUAUUCUCAGUCACUUAGAAGAGGCUCUGAAGAUUUUGAGAAAAGGAGCUCUUUUCAGAAGAGGUAUCCUGAGGAUCGUGAUUUCAGAAAAUAUGGACACACAUCAAACAGACCUAAAGACGUGGAGAGGUACGAAAACAGAGAGCCUGCCAGGAGCCUACAGUGGAAGUCCAGGCAUCUUCCUCCACCUUACCAAGAGAAGAAAGAUCUGCGGAACCUUGGACCCCAGGCUCAUCGACACGCUCCGAGAGAAUUCCCAGAGACCAGUUCGGCGGCCAAGAUAUCCUGUGACUAUCGCCAUAAACAUCGCAAGACCUCAGAUGGAGACCAGGAUUUUUCUGAUGGAAGAAUUCAGAAGUACUCUAAGGAGGAAGACAGAAAAUUCAGUUCUCAAAAAGGCCCUGUGAAUAGAGAGUCCAGUUGUUUUAAUGCUGGAAGAGGGAGAGAGACUGAAAGUGGGCAAGUCAAAGAACCUUUUAAACCAUCCAAGAAAGACUGCACUGCCUGUACUCGUUCAGAUAAAUGCGAUGUUGGUUUCAGACCCUGUAAUGACAAACGGAAGGACAAAAUAAAGAAAGAAGGGGCUGGCAGAAAAGACGGCAACUCUCCUCGUAACCAACCCGAUGAAAGUAAAAAACUUUCCAACAUGAAAUCUUCACCUGCCAUUCUUAGGAAGAAAUCACUUACAGUUAAAGUAGAUGUGAAGAAAACUGUGAGUGCAUCCAGGAAAAGUGAAAACUUUCAUCCAGUGUUUGAACAUCUUGACUCAACUCAGAAUACUGAAAACAAACCUACAGGAGAAUUUGCUCAGGAAAUCAUAACUAUAAUCCAUCAAGUUAAAGCAAAUUAUUUUCCAUCAGCCGAAAUUACCCUACAUGAGCGUUUCUCAAAAAUGAGAGAUACACAUGCUGCAGAUGUAAAUGAAAUGAAAUUGAAUUCAGAUCCAGAAAUUCACAGGAGAAUAGAUAUGUCUUUGGCCGACCUUCAGAGUAAACAAACUAUGGUAUAUGACUCAGAACAGACUCUGGUCAAAAUAAUAGACCCAAAUGACCUACGACAUGACAUUGAAAGAAGGAGAAAAGAACGGUUACAGAAUGAAGAUGAGCACAUUUUUCACAUAGCUAGUGCUACAGAGAGGAAUGAUCAGCAUUCUAAUUUUACAAGAUUGAAAAAUACUCAUGUUGAUGGAUUCCAAAAACCUACAUGUUUUGUAAAAUCAAAUUUUAGAAAAUUUAUUCAAAAACCUUACUUGAAUUAUCAUACUAUGCAGAGAAAAGACAUCAUUACUCACAAACCAUUUAGAGAUGAGGAAAACCAUCAAAACCCAGGAGGCUUUAGAAGACCUUUUAAGACCAACUUUAGAGGUGGCAGAUUUCAGCCCCAAUAUAAAUCAGGCCUAGUACAGAAGAGCUUGUACAUUCAGGCUAAAUAUCAGCGUCUGCGGUUCGCUGGUCCAAGGGGAUUUAUCACUAAUAAAUUCAGAGAAAGAUUACUGAGGAAAAAAAAGGAAUAUACAAACAUUGUCCCAGCAAUCUAAUUUGGAAUUGUUAGAAAUGGAAACGACACUACAGGACGAUAUUUGGGAGCAUCUUUUUUUGUCAAGAGUUAGAAUUGGCACUAAAGCACUAAUACUGUAACUUUCUUGAUAAAAUAAGUUUAUUUUUCCGUAGUGGAAUGCUGCAACUUUUUUACACUUAACAAUUGCUUUUAAAUUACAGUAUUCAAUUUAAAAGUUGUACUAAUUACAGCUUCUUUUGCAGAAAGUCUCAAAAGGGCAUUAUUUGUUGAUGCAUUUUUCUCUGAGCAUGGUUUCAUAGAGAACUGAGUUAUAUCCAGACAUUUCUAUGUUGAAAGUUUCGCUUAUGUAAUAAAAAACAAAAACAAAAGUAUCCGAAUUGUAUAGUGUCUGUACAUGAAAGAACUUGAAACAGUGGCCUUAUGGUAGCAAUUUUUAUACAAGAUUUUUCUUUUUCUGAUGACAUUUUGGCUUACAACUUGAAGUUUUCUUAAGCUUCUGAAGAUCAAGGUCUAUAUAAUUCAUGCAUUUCAUAUUAUGACACAGGAAGGCGAGAGAAAAGGUGCUUCAAAUUUUCCAUCAGGUAGUUAUGAGUGCACUGAAUUUUUAGUAAUUGGUUCAUUCGGUUUUUUCCACAACUAUUUGCUCUUUUCCACUUUCAAAAUGCUCUUGUUGAAAAUCCAUAUUUUAUAAUCUGUAUUCCAUCUUUCUUUCCCUCAGGGCAAGCUUGUGCAGAUCAUAUUUUUAAAGGCUUUUAAAAUACUGACAAGCAAAAUCUCAUAUUGGAAACUGUACUUUACUACUACAGCAUUACACAGUUUGCAAGCACAUAUUCUAACAUGUUUAUCUUCAGUUUAGUUGUAUUGAGUACCUACUGUGUAUAAAGUAACACUGAUGGGACUUUAAAUGAUCUUCUAGGUCUCAGUACCUUAUUUCUUUAUGUUUUCUCUGUUCUGCUUGAUAGUGCGUAUACAUUCCCAUUAAAAUUUUUGUGAAAUGUUUAAUUGUAAUGAAAUAAAAUAUUGUUGCUCCUUCUGCUCGAAGCAGUUA